AUGCAUGUAUGUAUAUAUUUAUUUAUAUUUAUUUGCAUUUAUUUGUAUUUAUUUGUAUUCAUUUGUAUUCAUUUACUACACGUGGAUGCAUGCCGGAAGCGCACGCGGGGAGGGGCCACCUUUCGCAAAUGACCAAACGCGAGUAGGCAAUUGCGGCGUGCAGCGAAAAUUUUUCGGCUGAAAAAUAUUGCGCAUCUGUAUUCUAUAAGUGAAAGGAGUACAAAGAGGCGAUGAACCAUAUGGUUGAAAAUCGCGCUCAGGUGUAGCCAAGUAGGAGGAACCAAGUACAGCACGGAAAGUCGCAAAAGGUUGGCAAAAGGAACACCAAAUCGAUGAGUUAAGAAAAAGUUUUUUCCCCCGUUUGAACGCACUCAGUGAUGAAAGCGCGGCUUAUAUGACGAGUGUAUAAUCCCUCAUCUGUGAAAGUACGCAUACAAACCGCUGCACUGUGGAAGUACUACCCUUAGUACGCCUCUGAACGAAGGCUAUUCGCACACACACAAACAGAACAGGCACAACCGUUUUGUAAAUCUGCGCGGGAAGGCCCAUGUGUAUGUCACCCCCACACGUACAAGCACACACGAACGCACAUGCGUACGUGCGCAUCCGGAAGAGGAACACAUAGACCAUUGUGAAACGGAAAAAAAGAAAAAAAAAAAAAUACAUAAAAAGUACAAACAUACAAACGUACAUACAAACAUACAAACGUACAAACGUGCAUACUCUUUUAAAACAUGGACUCCAUUGGCGGAGACAACAUCAUAAGCAUAAAUGUCGGAGGGACGAUUUACAUGACGACUCUCAGCUUGAUUUGCAGAUACAGGAAUUCUCGUCUGUGUGAAAUUGUUUUAGAGAAACUGAAGGCCGUGCCGGACCUCGACACCCACCACAACAGGAAGGAAAUAUUCAUCGACCGAAACGGAAGCAGGUUCGAGUACAUUUUGGACUUCCUGCGAGACGGAGUGCUGAUAUGCGAAAAUGACAUCAACGUGCUGACGAGGAUACUCAUCGAAGCGGUGUACUUCAAAUUGUUUUCCCUCAUAAAAAUUUUAAAAAAAAAAAUCGAGUUGUUGUAUUCAAACAUGGGGAGUAAUGUGAACAAAAAUAUUUUCAAAAGCAUCAUGGGCACACUGGAGGAAAAAAAAAAAAAAAUUCACAACGUCCAUUUUUUGAACAAGAUAAAUUUAUUAAGUGAAUUGAAUAACCAAGAUGAGUCUCCCGCGAAGGGGGAAGAUAACCUGGGGGGGUGCACACUCUUGUCAAAUGUUCCACUUGACAGCUGCAAAGAGGAAAAGCAAAUUGUGUCUACUAAACGCCAGGGGGACAAGCUAAAAAAUGAUGCACACGUUGAGUGUAAUAGCGGCAAAGAACAAAACUCGCGGGAUAAUUUGCCGAAAAUUAUUCUACCCAUUCCGUCUACCCUUCCAACACACAGCAAAACGGUCGAUUACAACAUAACGAAUAAUUUCACAAAUGAGGAAGACAAAUUGAAGAGUAAAAAUAAUUCCUGUGGUCCCACUCGGAAAAAUUGUUUAGUGAAAAAUAUCGAGCGGAAGGGAUACCCCCCCACCCAGCAGUCACCCAAUGGGCAUUUAAAAAAUGGCGACAGCAAGACGGUUUCCUUCGCGGAGAGCACCAGCAUUUUUGUCUACGGAAAAAAAGAUGAGAUAACCCACAAUGAGGCCUACGGCCCCAACGACGCCGUGGGCACCUCCACAGAGAGCCCCCACAAAGGCAUAUCCCCCAGCAGCAUCGGAAGCACGAACUACUCAGGCUACUCCAGCUUGGCGAACUACUCCCCCUGCGCGAAUUACGCCAACAGUACCGGCGAUGGGGAUAGGGCUGCCUACAAAUAUAGCAGUUAUACGUAUAACAAUGCGAGCAACCCCAGGGGGCAAAUUUUAGUUUACUCCGAAAUUGACGACAUCGAAGAAACUUCCCCCUUCCCAAUACUGUCCAAUGUCAAUUUGGGGGAGCAGAUUUUCAGCACGACGGUGGAUUUUUAGCGCCCCCUUCGCCAGUUUGUUUGUGCGGAUGAGGUGGUGUGUGUGUGAGGCGAUUUUAUAACGCAGCGCCGUGACCGCCUUCGCUCGGCGCAAAACGCACUCUCCUGCCUCCCCCCUCGCCAGAAAAUGUUUUGUUACCUUUUUAAUCCCUUUUUUGUAUUUUUAAUUUUUUUUUUGAAAAAAUGCAUGCAGUGUUGCCAGUUGUGCCAUUCUAGUUGUAAUUGUCGCGUGCCUUUGCGCUUUGCCACCACGGGGGUGUCCACACGUCCAUGCAGGUGUGCAUAUCCCAGCGCAGGUGUGCUCACCUUUGCUAAUCAGAUGAGAGGAUUUU